GUUAAACUUUUUACAAGAAAAAUAUUAAACAUGGCCACUUGCAAGAAAAGCAUGGGUUCUAUAAAGAAGAAGUUAAAAGAUAUGAAUGUCGACGAAUUCUUCAAUGAUGAUUUAGAUGUAGAUUUAGAUAGUGCUUCUGAUUCUUCAGCAAAAUCACGUGAGUCUGAUAAAAAGCCUAUGAAAGCUAAAUUAAAAAACAUUACUAAAAGAGUUGAAACGGCUACGAAAACGUCUCUUAAAAAAGAUAAACAAUCGACUAAUAACAAGAAGUCAAACGAGAAGAAAAAGUUGAAAAACCAAGAACGAGAAGUAGUGAAUAAUACAAAGAAAUCGUUAGCAUCUACAUUACAAGAAAACGAUCCAGAGUUUUAUGAUUUUUUGAAAGGCCAGGAUAAAUCUUUGUUGGAUAAUCUUGAAGAUCUAUCACAAUCUGAAUCUGAUAGUAAUUAUGAUGAUGAUGACUUGGAUGACACCACCAAUUCAAAGAAAGCAAGAAAAGAUGAAAUUGAAAAAGAACUGCUCAAUAUGUCUAGUGGUGAUGAUUCAGAUUCUGAUGCUGAAAAUAAUGUGCACAAACCUCCUGAAAAACUUGAAAUGGCAAGUGAUGAAAGUUCAGAAGAGGACUUGGAGCUGGAAGAUGAAAGAGCUCAAAAGGUUGAAAGUGGUGUUCUUCUUACUCAUAAAAUGGUUGAAAAGUGGGGCCAGGAAUUGAGAACUAAGCCAUCACUUGCUAUUUUUAAGGAACUUGUUUCAGCCUUCAAUUCAGCUGUUCAAGAAGCAGGAGGCUCAGAAGAGAGCAUAUCUCGGAAAUAUAAAAUUGAAGGUGGUGCUAUUUUCAACAGUGUUGUUAGACUAUGUUUAACACAAGUGGUUCCUGCUCUUCAGAGUAUGCUAAGCUUGCCUGCUUUGUCUGAUGUUCGUAAUUUAUCAGACAAAUCAAUUAAAUGGAAGAAGUUAAAACUAUGGAUAAAGUCAUACUUAUCAUCUUUGCUGGAUUUGUUGACUCGAAUGUCAGAUGAAGCAAUGGUAAAUGCCAUUUUAAAGCAUGUUCACAAACUAAUUAUCUUUUAUGCUAGCUUUCCAAAAUUAAAUAAAUUGCUCUUAAAGAAGAUGAUCCAAAUAUGGACUACAGGUGAGGAAGCAACACGUGUCCUGGCAUUUCUGUGCAUCAACAAAGUUACUCAUUUAAAACAAGACAUUUUGCUGGAACCUUGUUUGAAACAAAUGUAUAUGGCUUAUGUUACAAACUGCAAAUUUACAUCUCCAACAACAUUGCCUCAUAUUAACUUCAUGCAGAAGUCUUUAGUAGAAAUAUUUACUAUUGACCAAACUGUUGGUUAUCAGUAUGCCUUUGUUUACAUUCGACAGCUAGCCAUUCAUCUAAGAAAUGCUAUAGCAGUGAAAAAGAAAAACACAUGUCAGGCUGUAUACAACUGGCAAUAUGUUCAUUGCUUAGGACUUUGGGUUCAACUGCUGACUAAAAUGUACCCCAGUGAAGUAUUUCAACCAUUGGUCUAUCCAUUAACCCAAAUAAUUAUUGGAACAAUAAAGCUUUUACCUACUGCCAGGUUUUAUCCUCUAAGGUUUCACUGUGUUCAGUUUCUGAACAAGUUAGCAUUCAAGACAAAUACAUUCAUACCAACUGCACCUUUCCUUCUAGAGAUUUUUGAGCAAAUUGACUUUAACAAAAGGCAUAAAGCCAUUAGCAUGAAGCCAUUUAACUUUGCUGUGAUUCUGAAGUUCUCUAAAGCACAAUUAAAUGAAAAGGCUUUCAAAGAUGGUAUUAUUGAUCAGCUUUAUGAACACUUGCUAGAGAGCUUCAAUACUUAUGCUCAUUCAGUGAGCUUCCCUGAAUUAAUUGUCCCAGCUGUUGUUCAGAUGAAAUUGUUCCUGAAGAAGUGCAAAAUUGCAAAUUAUUGCAAGCAAAUCAAACAAAUUGUUGAUAAAAUUCAAGAACAGGCAAAAUUCAUCACAGAAAAAAGACGACAUUCUAACAUAAGAUUGGACGAUCAACACUCUGUUGAACAUUGGGAAAACCAAAUUGCGGAAUCAGGGACUCCUUUGAGGAAGUUCUAUACCUCUUGGAGAAAAUUACGAGAUAGAGAAUUGCAGCAUAAUGUUUCCAAUAAAGAUGCUAUAUCUGGAGCUGCUAUAGACAUACCUACCAUUGAAAGGAGAGUACGACAAACUGCAACUGCUGAGGAAAGGAAAGAUUUUUCUAAACUUUUUGAGAAUAAUUCUGACUCAGAUGAUGACGAUGAAAGAUUUUUGUUAAAGGAGGAAAGAUCUGGCAAUGCACCUGCUUCUAAUAAACGGAAGCAUGAAUCGGACAGUGAUGAAUAUAGUGACUUUGAUGAUGAUGAUUUGGAGCAGCUGGCUCAGUCUGCUAGCAGUGAUGAAUCUGAAGUGGAAUAUGAUGAUGGUUUAGAAGUCAAUAAUGUUAAAGAAAACAAAAGUGACAAUAAAGCUGGUAAAAAGAAGGGACAAAUUACUACACAGAAUGGUAGUAUUUCUCCUAAAAAAAAUAAUGCUAAACUUGUUUCACAGGAUGUUGGAGAUGAUGAUGUUGUUGAAGAUUUUAAUUUAUCUGACUUUGACUAAGAAAAAUGUAGUUUUAUGUACAGUAGUAUGAUAUGCUGUUUUAAUUUUAUUAUUUUUGUUUUAAACCAGCUUAAAUUAAUUGCAUAGAUAUAGCUGACAUCUCUGAUAAAGGUGGUGGUUAGUUAUGUUGGCCAGUUAUGUUGGCCACAUAACACCUAGGUAAACCAUUGACCUCUAAACUUGUAUUAAUUUAGACGUAUUAAUUUAAAUGUUAUUUACGUUUAUUUUGUUAAAUGUAAUAAUUGAUAUCAGAAAUAUUAAUAGUCAAAUUUGCAUGGAAAUUAAAACCUCAUUUCCAGCCAUAAAAUUUAUUUCUGCUACCCUUGUCUUUUGCCUACCAUUGUUUAAAGUUAACUUUCUAAAUAUUUACUGUUUGGUUUAAAAAUGGUUAUGUUAGUAUAAUUAGAUUAUUAAUGUAUUACAGUAGCAUGAUAUGUUGUUUUCAUUCUUAUUUUAAACCAGCUUAAAUUAAUUGCACAGAUAUUGCAGACAUCUGAUAAAGGUGGUAGUUAGUUGUUAAAUUGGCCACAUAACACCUUAGUAAACCAUUUACCUAUGUAUUAAUUAAUUUAAAUGUAAUUUAAUUUUAUUUGUUUAUUAUGUUAAAUGUAAUAAUUAAAAUCAGAGAUAUAUUAUUAUUUGCAUGGAAAUUAAAACCUCAUAUUUCAUUCAUAAUGUUUUUUCUACAAUCCUUGUUGAACUUUUGGCUACCAUUGUGUCAAGUUUACUUCUUACCACAUUUAUUUAAAAUAGUAGUAUGUCAGUAUAAUUUGGUUAUUAAUGUAGGUAUUUUUUUAAAUGCAGUUAGGUCUAUUAACUAAGGUCUGUGAGUAUUUUUUAACUCUUUCUCUCCGUAAUUAUUUACCACAUUCUGAUGGAAUCAACAUUAGUAUCAUCAGGAGAGAAAGAGUUAAAGUGGCUUUCCUAUAGCAUUCAUUUGCACCAUAGUCCAGUUUCUUUUGUGGACCAGUGAGGUUGGGGGUAUCUGUGUAUCAGCAAAGGCAACUCUACUAAUAAUGUUUCAUAGCAUAAGAAAAAAAAAGUUAAUGAUUGUCUGACUUGUUUUGUAGUGAAGUCUUUUAAUAAGUUGACAUAUAUAUAUGGAAAUAAAACUGUUUUAAGCCUAAUAUUUUUUCAAUUAAAAAUUUUUCAAGAAGUGA